AUGUUCCCCACAGACGUUUAUCGAAAAGUACUCUGUCCUCGCAAUGAUUGCAAGCGGCCAUACUGUCCAUUCUAUCACGAAGGAUCCACGAAGCAUCAAUCCACCCUCGAUGGGAAAAGUCAUCCAUGGUUGCACAAAGGCUCAUCACUAUGGAAGCUCUCUCACUUCGAUUUUGUACCCGUGCCAGGAACAAAGUGCAAUAUCGAGAUUCCUGAUUCUGGCAGUCCAUCGAUUGUGACAAAGCCUAUCGCGCAAACUGACGAGCCACCUAUGGAAAAUGGAAUUCAACAGAUACCUACUACAUCAAAUGCACCGCAAUUCUUUCCCAGCGCGCAACAUUUUGGAUCAACUCCACCGAGAUACGAGCAAAUCACGCCGGUUUAUACACCAUCGUCUGCAAUCCACGCAUCAUUAACCAAUCAUGUUAUUAAAGAUGAACCAGAUAAUGAGGUCAUAUUUAUGGGACUAGUGAAAAAGAAGCCAGCAACACCUGCCGUGUCUGACAUGGUUACGUCAACAACUGAUGACUGUGUGGCUCUUCUCGACAAAAAGCUGGCUGAAGAAAAGCGAGCUAUUGCUGAGAUGGAAGCAAAAUUGGCCGAGUAUGAAGAAAUUGAAAGAAGAAAAGCUGAGCUAAAAGCUAAAUUGGACAAUUUGAUGCUCGGGAAAAAUCAGGCGGAGAAUAGCAUCUCCGGCCCACUUCCAGAAGCACCUCAACCUCAACAACCAAAAGAGAUCCCACAACGACUACCUUCUGUGGAACGAGAAGAAGUCUCACGACCUUUGAAGAAGAAACCGGCAAUCGAGGUCAUUGAAGAGGAUUUCUCUGAAGAUGAGCUCAAACCAUCGCCCUCGCCUCCGUCACCACCGAAACGAUCAAAACUCAAUUCAAACAAGAAAGCAAAGACGAUUGAGUUUCCACCAAGAAAUGCUUACGUAUCGACUCCAUUAGAGGAACUCAAACGAAUCGAAGAAUUGAAAGAGAAGCGAAACGUUUUUGAAAAAAACUACUCGACAGAUCAGAAGAAAAUCGGCGAGAAACGGCCGUCAACAUCGUCUCAUCAACCAAAACCGCUUUUUGAAGACAGGAAAAGAAUUUCGACCACAAAUGAAUUCAUGCAGGAUUUGUUUGCCGAGUCUGACGAUUUUGCCAAGCCGAAAUCGAUUUUGAAGAAAGAUGCUUCAAGGGUGGCCCCAAGUAAUAGCGAUAAUGGAAAAUUGCCAAAGAAAACGGUGACGAUUCACAGAACCGGAUCCGCUUCGACAUCAAAACACGACGAGAUCAAGAAGAAGAGUGACCUCACCGAAGCGCGAAUGAAUGCCGCCAAGAAACUCGGCUCUCAGCAAGCUCAACGGCCAAUCCGCCCAGUGGAUCACGUCAAAAAGCCACCGAAUCCAGUCGCACAAUUGGGAGCACGACUGGAGAAAGCGGCCAAAUUUGCUUCAACCGCGCCCAAAACUGGUUCAUUCACGGGCCACGAGGGAAAAGGAAGUCCACGAGUUGCACAUGUACCGACUACAACAAGUUCCACACCGCGAUUGCUUGAGCCAACUUUGCUAUCAUGUGCACCAAUGCAAACGCGUCUCACUUGCGUAAAAAGUCUUUAUGCAGAAAUGGAGAAGAAGUAUGGUUCACAAGCGUCAAUGGAAGAGGCUAUGGAAGAAGAACUGAAAAUUUUAAAAAGUUCUAUGCACUUAAAAGGAUAUGAACAAAAGAUAGUUUCUGCAAGAAUUAGAAUUUGUGGCGCUAGUUCAUCGAGUUCGGUCAAGCGAUCCGUUUCCCACCAAGCGAAUCUGAUUGGACCAAAGGCUAGCGAAAUCUCAAUGAACAUCAAGGAUAAACGAAAGAGUGUCGAUAUGGACCCGUUGAAACUGACGACAGAGAUGUUCUACCAGAGAAUGAAGAAAUACAAGUCAACUGCCGAUCAGCUGCAAAAGAAUUCCUAUCCAAACUGGAUUGACGAUGAGAAGAUUGAGGUUACCAUCCCGGAAAGUCAAUGGGACACGGCACCUGGAAGAGAGGGACGAGAUAAGCGAUUUAUUGCGGAUUAUAUCCUCGAACGUCAUUGUGCUCGUUGUGGACAGCGUUUUUUCCUGAGCAAGAAUGGGGAGAUUGUGGAUUCCCAAUGCUUCUAUCAUCCAUUGAGAAUGAGGAAGAAAAGAGAGAAUAAAACUUUGGUCCCGUAUUACCCAUGUUGCGAUGCGCAGGAUGACGAGACGGGUUGUUCGGUGGCUCGAGGGCACGUCUCCGAAUCGCUUCGACAAUCGGAUUUGCUGCGUUUCAGAGAAUUCGACAAGCCCACCGGUGACGAUGAUCCACGAUCAAAAAAAGUCUACGCUCUCGACUGCGAAAUGGUGUACACGGUUUGGGGACCGGCUCUUGCUCGAGUCUCGGUUGUGGAUCGAUUCGACAAGCUGGUUCUUGAUGUCAAAGUCCUCCCAGACGAUGCGAUAGUUUGUCCAAAUUCAAGAUUUUCCGGUUUAACGAUCGAUGAACUGAAGCAAGAGGGGAAAACGUGGGAUGCGGCACAGAAAGCGCUCGAUCGAAUCAUCAACGAUCACACGAUUCUCAUUGGACACUCGCUUGAAAGUGAUCUCAAGGCGAUGCGUAUUGUACACAAACGGGUGAUCGAUACGGCACAGGUUUUCCCUCACAAAUUUGAGAAUCACAAAUGGUCGCUGAAGGAUCUCGCCACCGAGAAGCUACUAAAGAUUAUUCAAGAGGAUGUGGAUGGGCACGACAGCAAAGAGGAUGCUUCAACGUGCAUGCAGCUGAUGAUGUUUCGGGAAUUUGGAAAAAAC